AUGAGAAGAAUUGUUUUAUUUUCUCUGUUCUUAUGUUAUUCUUACGCUUUCUUCGGAUCAACACCAGAUGAGGGCGAUUACCGACAUCUGUACCCAGAAUUGUGCAUCGCCUACAAGGUUAACAACCCAAUCUCGACAUCUUAUUCUUUGGGUUGGCUCGAAAACGUGAGAUAUCCAAAAGAUCGCACAAAGGUUUUAAUUCAAGUAGAUGAACAAGAUAAGGAGUUGUUUAAGCAGUAAGCAAACGACCGUUAGAUAAGCUGUUUUAGAUGGACCGCCGAUUUCAAGGCGUUAUAUUCAUAUGUGGCCACAGAGAUUGUUGACCCCAAUUUUUUGGAUCAGGGUUUGAAGUUCGGAAGGAGGUUUAAAUGUGGAUAUCUGUUGAUUACAAAUACAGAUAUAUUCCUGAGUGAGAAUUCGGUCAAAGAUUUGAUAUCCCUGAAGCAAGUUGUGGUGUCUGGUUUGAUGAAAGAUCCCUUUUCGCUGCAUUCUAAUGGCAAAGGAUUGGUCGAUUCUUCUCAUCUCACCGGAAAUAAAAUCGAACUUUUAAGAGUAGGUAUCUAAAGUAAUGUAGACAAAGAUUACAGGUCUAUUAUGCCAAUCCUCCAUUGCUGAUCGACCUCAAACACAAGGAUUCGUCUUAUUUAACAUUUGAUGAGCAAAAUUUGAGGGAGAAAGUCGGUUCCAAGAGUCCAGUCGAGAUCUUUGCCUUCUCCGCCUACAAGAUGGACAUCCCCAUUUAUCUGGAUAAUCACUUCUUCUAUGGAUAUUUCAUUGAUUCCACGAAGUUCUCCAAAGUCGAAUUUGCUCAAAAGGUAGGGGUAACUACAGGGUCCAGAGAAAUGUGGGUUUCUGGUGAAGGUGGUGGCUAACAUAAAAAUAAGCAAAUAUCUUCUUUUCAACUAUCUAAAAUCAUAAUAAAGCGUUUAAGAUUGGUGUGUUCACCAAAACGUGCCGCAAAAGUCUCCGCCGAAUGCACUGUUGUCCGCACUGGCGGAUAAAAUUAUUUUUUGGCCAAGAAGGCCGCUCAUCUUCUUUCCCCUGCAAAAAGAAUUGUUCGGAUAUCUUGACUGCGCCCCAUAAAUCGACAAAACGGCACUUUUCUCUGGACACCUUGUAUAUCUAACAUGAUAAAUAUGUUUCAGUUAUCUUCUUUUGAAUACCAACUAUGGGUGAACAAUAAUCCGGUCUUAUACUCCAACUCGAUUGAUCCUUGGCAGCCAACUCAACAUACAUUUGGUUUUGAUAAGAUUUAUGUAAUCAAUUUGAAAAGACGACCGGAAAGGCGGAGAAGAAUCGAAAAGGGAUUGACGAUGCUGGGAAUCGAGUAUAAUAUAUUCGAAGCAGUCGAUGGGAUGUCUCUGGGUGAGAAGGAGAUGGAGGGCAUUAGAAUUAUGCCCGGAUAUCUAGACCCUUUUCACAAAAGGCCACUCAAAAGGGGAGAGAUUGGAUGUUUCUUGAGUCACUACCAUAUAUGGAAGGAGGUGGUCGAUAAUGGGUACAGUAGAGUAAUCGUAUUCGAAGAUGACAUCAAGUUGUCUGAGAACGCGACAACCAUUUUGAGGGAAUUUGUGGAAGAUACCAUGAAGACACAGGCUGAAUGGGAUUUUGUUUAUCUCGGACGGAAGAAAAACGACGCCAAGAAACAGGAAUUUUACGUUUCUGGUCAGUUUAACUUGAUAUUUCAUCUAACUAGAUGGUUGUAUUUUAGGUCACAGAUAUUUAAGUACAGUGACGUACUCUUAUUGGACCGUUGGAUAUGCUCUUUCGUUAUCCGGAGCUCGGAAAUUAAUAGAAUCGAAGCCAUUGGAGAACCUACUGGCUCUGGAUGAAUACCUCCCCAUCAUGUAUAACGACCAUCCGAACCCAGAAUGGGCGAAUUAUUUCCCCAUUAGAGAUCUAAAGGCAUUUACCCUCUAUCCACUGGUCGUCCAUCCGGAUAAAUAUUUGAAUGAACCUGGAUAUCUGAGUGAUACGGAGAACUCGACCUUGGUGGAAGAUGAGACGACGACCAAGAUCUUUAAACAUGUAGGAGUUAAUGUGCAACAGAAGUCAGAACUUUAAUUUAUUUGAGUUAAUAAACUGUUUGUUUAUAUUAGCAAAGGCCGCAAAUUAGGGCAUAUAAAUAAUGAAAGGGAUCACAGGUCACUUGACAUUCUAUCUCGCGAUCUGAAAUUUCAUUUCGUUUUGACCCUGAAGGCAUCUGAUGACUAGAGAAUUUAUUAUUUUACUUAUCUUCCUAGGACUGAAACUUUCAUCAUCCUGUUCAUGGGAUGUAAGUAAAGCAAGGAAAGAUUACUGUAAAUAAACAAGUUGCAGAACUGUCCCAAGUACGAGAAUGACAAUGAAAACUCAAUUCAUGUUCAUAUUGUAAGUACUUAGAUUUAUUUAUACGUAUGUGAUAUCAUCCAGAUACCUCACACUCACGAUGACAUGGGAUGGAUAAAAACUGUCGAUGAUUAUUACACUGGAGGUAUUUGGUCGUAUAUCUUAAUUGAAUAGAUUUUAGCUAAAAAACGACUGGUCAAUGUGGGAGUUCAGUUUAUUUUCGAUUCAGUCAUUGAUGAACUGAGUAAAGACAAAGAAAAGAGGUUUGUUUUUGCUGAAGUCGGAUUCUUGAUCAGAUGGAUCCAUCAGCACAAAUCCGACUCCAAAAGAAUUGAACUAUUCAAAAAGUUGGUUCUGGAUGGUAAGUCAUCCAAAAGUUUACUUUUUGAAUAAAUUUUGGGCUUCCAAUAAACUUUGUGACAUUCCGCAGCUUGUGACAUUAAGUUCAUUUUUGCAGAUUAUUUUUUUCUGAAUUAUUUUAGGCCAGAUCGAAUUGAUUGGAGGAGGUUGGGUGCAACCAGAUGAGGCUUCUUCUCAUUACAUUGACCUCAUUGACCAGUAUUCCCUGGGGUUAUCUUAUCUUAAUCAAACUUUUGGGGCUUGUGGGAAACCAAAAGUGGCCUGGCAAAUCGAUCCCUUUGGCCAUAGUCGGGAACAUGCAAAUAUCUUGGCCCAGGUGAGUUGAUUCUCGGAUUAAUGCUUAUUUAUCUUAUUGUUGUAUAAUUUUAGAUGGGAUAUGAAGCUCUUUUCCUGGGACGGAUGCAUUUCAAUGAAUUGGAGGAGAGACAUAAAAAUAAGAGCAUGGAGUUUGUUUGGGCGGGAUCUGAUGAUCAAAGUAGGAAUACCUGAUGCUAACAAUCCUUCUAGAAACAAAUAUCUUCACCGGUGGAUUCUACACCAACUCUUAUGCCCCUCCUCAGAACUUUUGUUUCGAUCAGCUGUGUGCUGAUGAUCCGGUCGUCGCUGAUCCCACGUUAGAUGGCUAUAAUCUCCCUCAGAUGGCUGACAGUUUUAUCAAAAUGGUUAGAGAAAGGUCCUCAGUUUUGAGGCACAAUCAGUUGUUGUUGUUGAUGGGAGGCGAUUUCCAAUAUUCAAACGCUAAUAUGUACUUUGCACAGAUGGAUUUACUGUUCAAGGAGAUCAACAGACAGGUAUCUGGAACUCCUUGUGUAGUUUUGUAUCGUUUUUAGACCCCCACCCACAACAUUACAGUAAAAUAUUCUACUCCAUCUUGUUAUAUGAGAUCGUUGAGACGACUUUAUUUUCAAGUUCCCACCAAAUCCAAUGACUUCUUCCCUUAUGCCAGCUCCGAGCAUCAAUAUUGGACUGGAUAUUACACUAGUAAACCUGCCUUGAAGGGUCUGGUCAGAAAAGUUUCCAAUUUCCUUCAAGUGAGUACAGUAAUCGUAGGUUGUAAAUCUUAUAUAGUUAGUCCGAACACUCCGCGUAGCUGCUUCACUGAGUUCUGCUGAGCAUUUUGCUGAUGAAGACAAGAUUGAGAGAGCUUUGGGAUUAACACAACAUCAUGAUGCUGUUACGUAAGUCAACUUUUGUUGCUUUCACAAUUACAGUGGAACUUCCAAAGAAGCGGUGACUGUGGAUUACGAGAAAAGAUUGUUGGAAGCCAUGCAGAUCGUUGAAGUAUGUUUCAGUCAUGCUUAAAAUCGGUUAUCUUCUUUUAGGAGAUCACUGACCGAGCUUUCCGUUUCCUUUCCAAAGUCCAUCAUGAUAUUAAACUCAGUUUUUGUCCCUUGAUCAACGAAACUGUUUGCGAUGUGACAAAGUAAGUGUUUUAUUUUGAUAAUUCCAAUUACAGCUCUGAGAGUGUGGCCAUUACUUUCUUUAAUUCCAAUUCGAGACAACUCGAUGAGGUAAUUGAGAUCCCUUAUUAUGCCCGAUCAGCUUUGGUUCAAGACAACAAAUUGAAUGAAGUUCAUUCAGAAGUAAGUUGUCUUUAGCUAUGAUAAUUACAAUUAGAUUACCAAGAGUUUCCGAGUCUCCAGCCAACUCCAGAACCCGGAUUCAGCCCCAUUUAAAAUAAGUUUCCCCAUCUCGGUCCCAGCUCUUGGAUUUAAAACUUAUUUUAUAACCAAGUUAAAGACAAAGUAAGUAAUUUUUGGAAAAAAUAGUAUAUUAUAUUUUAGGAACAACUACAUUACUCGUAAGAAUCUGAUCAAGACCAAGUAUCGGAAAGCAAAUGAAUCCAUUACUAUCGAGAAUGAAUUCAUUAAACUGGACUUUAAUCAAGAUGGACUAGUUCAGAACUUGACCAAUGUCAGAGAAAACAUUACUUCUACGUUUAUCCAGGAAUUCUUUUUUUAUCACGGAGAUGGACUAAAUAACACUGAGGCCAGAAGUGGGGCCUAUAUCUUCCGACCGAAUGGAACAGAACCUUUUAAUUUCCCUCAACCCAUGCAAAUCGAGUAUUACAAAGUAAGGAAAGAUAACAGUACCGCUAACGUUACAGGGAGACCUAGUACAAGAAGUUCGUCAAGUGGUGUCUCCUUGGAUAAGUCAAGUAAUCAGACUCAAAAAGGGAGAGAAAUUCGUGGAGUUCGAAUAUACAGUAGGCCCGUUGCCUAAAGAAGAGACGUAAGAUUAUUAUCAGUAAUAUUACUAAUUUUUUUCAGAGAUCCUAUUACUAAAGAAGUUGUUACUCGUUAUUCAACCAAUGUCAAGAACGAUCAGACUUUUUACACAGAUUCUAAUGGACGACAGUUAAUGAAGAGGAAGUAAGGUUGUUAUUACUGUUUGAGAGUACCUUUAGCGUCAACAAAUCCCCAACAUUCACUCGGAAUAUCACAGAACCUGUUAGUGGUAAUUAUUAUCCGAUUACAAGUCAGAUUAUGGUAAAAGACAGUAAACUCCAACUUUCAAUCUUAACAGACAGAGCUCAAGGGGGGUCUUCGUUAAAGGAUGGAAGUGUAGAAGUUAUGGUAAACAUGGCCAGACAGCCGUAAUCUCAAUUUAGAUCCAUCGGAGAGCUUUUGUGGAUGAUGGUUGGGGAGUGGAAGAAGCCCUGGAUGAACCCGGUCUGGAUGGCCGAGGUCUUAUCAUCAGAGGAAUCCAUCGAGUCCAAUUGGCCGAGCCAUCCAAAGCAGAGACUCGACUCAAAGCCCAAGAUGUAUAUCAUCGGCCUCUCCUCGCCCUGGCCCCUAUCCAAUCUGCUGAUGGCUAUCAAAAAACGACGGUGACUGAAGUGAGCUUUUAUGUAAAUUAGUAGCUGUUUACAUUACUUUAUUAUGUAAUCCUUUCCGCGUAUUACAUUUUCAGUUUUGUCUGCUGGCCGCGGAACUCCCGGUUCAAGUACAAAUAAUCACCUUGAAGGCAUUAGAGAGCAAGAGGAUCUUACUCCGUCUCGAACACAUCUACCAAGGUACAGAUGAUGGCUACUUAUCACAGCCUGUCCGAGUUAAUCUCUCUGUAAGUAGUAGCAAGUGACCAAAUCCCUCUUCUUUUCCAGAAAUUAUUCAAAUUCAAAAUAACAAACAUCGAAGAGAGGGAUUUGUCGGGAUUGGUUGCCCUGAAGGCAUUCAUGGAUUCGGAGGUUUCAUUGUCCCCAAUGCAAAUACGCACAUUCUACUUGACUCUUGAAUAA